AUAAACUGGACACGUUCGUCUAAGUGUCGAGAGGUGACUGAAAUAAGAUAAUAACCGAAUCUAUCAUCAGUUGGGUUGAAAACAACUUACAGAAAACAAUGGACAAAUUUAGGAAAGAAUGUGUGGAGGCUCACAACCGCUACCGAAAGAUACACGGUGUCCCCCCUUUGCGUCUCGAUCCGCAGGUUAAUAGCGAAGCUCAAAAAUGGGCUUUGCAUUGCGUUUUCGCCGAAGAAGAAGGAAAAAGUGAAGUUGGAUGGACUUUUAACGACAGCAAUGCGUACGCAGAGACUAUUCACGUAUCCCAAGACUUUUUGACUGGUACUGAGCUAGUCGACGAGUUUUAUCAACAGGAGAAAGACUACGUCUACGAUUCAGAGGAGUAUAACCCUUUAACUGCUCAAUUUAUCAAUAUGAUAUGGAAAGGAAGCACCAAAAUGGGGAUUGGACGAGCUGAAAACGUGUCGGGUAAGGUCUAUGUCGUUAUCAAUUAUUCACCCGGCGGAAAACCGAAUGGACAUUUCAGCGCCAAUGUUUUCCCGCCUGGCACUAAGAAUAUUAUCGCAAAAAUUAAGUCGGAAGUGGGAUCUAAGCUCGAUAAGUUUACACAGGAGUGUGUAGAUGCUCACAACUAUUACAGAAAAAAGCAUGGAGUACAACCGUUGGUUCUCGAUUCACAGGUUACUAGAGAUGCCCAGAGACAUGCUGAGCAUUGCGCAAGAUGCAAUAAAAUGGAAUAUCAGGCCAGCAACGAAGAAAGUACAUAUGAGUAUACUAACUACGAUGUCAGAAUUUACAACGGCUUCCAUAGUAACCAUGGUUACCUGAGCGGUACCAAGCUUGUCAAAGAAUUCUACAAGGAGGGGAAAGACUAUUGCUAUGGAUCACCGGAAGACCAGUCAGCAGGUAAUUUUCCAAAUAUGAUUUGGAAGUCAAGUACCAAGAUUGGAGUUGGACGAGCGAAAGCUCCAUCAGGAAACGUCUUGGUGGUAGUUAACUACUACCCUGGCGAAGCACAGAAUAACAUAUCUGGUGAAUAUGAAUUUAACGCAGAAGAAUACAUUGCCAACGUGCUUCCGCCAAUUGAACAGCUUGAGAGCUCUGAAAUAAAGGAUGAAUUAGAAGAAGACGACGAGGAUGACGAAUGGGAGGAUAUAGAAGAUGAGGAAGAAGGGAAAGCAAAAGAUCAUGCGAACGAAAAUAGUUCUAAAGAAAUUACGAAGAAAGAGAAUAUAUUAGUCGCAAAGCCAGAAGAGAAGAAACAAACCGUAGUUACAAAACCAGAAGAGAAGGAGACCGUAGUUGCAAAACCAGUGGAGAAGAAGGAGACCGUAGUUGUCGCAAAACCAGCCGAGAAGAAAGAAACAAUAAAAGUAGAUGUCAACAGCAAGUUUGAUUCUUUCAGCCGAGAAUGUCUUGACGCUCAUAACGUGUACCGUAAAAGACAUGGAUCACCACCGCUGGUUCUAAGCGAAUGGUUGAUGGGCGUCGCACAAGACUGGGCCAACAAUUGUGCUGCUCGCGGAAUGAUGUACCACAGCAAUCAUCCAAACGACCAAGAAAAUAUCUACGCAACCAGUGGGAGAGUAUCCAGCGGAAGAGAAGCGGUGGAUUGCUUUUACAAGGAAAUACAAUACUACAGGUUUGGUAGUAUGGGCUUCACAAUGCAAACUGGUCAUUUUACUCAAGUUGUCUGGAAAUCUACAACGAUGAUGGGGGUCGGAAAGGCCACAGGCAGAAACGGCUGGACCUAUGUCAUUGUGAGCUAUUCACCACGGGGUAACAUGCAGGGACACUUUAGUGCUAAUGUUUUACCACCGAGAAACUAAGUGGCAAACGGGGUGGCAAUUUUCUAAGGCAAAUUGACAUCAAGAUUUGUAAUUGAAUUUACUCGAGGCAUUCCGUUGCAAGAUCGUUACAUUUUAAAUUGAAUUUUAUUAAAGUUAUAAAAUUCAAUUUGAAAUUUUUCUUUUUGAAAGAAAGAAAAAUUUAGUGAAAAGAAUACCAACGAGCCUUCUCAGAAAUGAAAUUGUUAGCGAAUGAGAAUGAAAAAUACAUGUAGUGUUAUCCAAUAGAACGAGAAAUUAAAAAAAAUGACAAGAUUUCGGUUUCUGCCUUUUGAUUUCAUAAAACGAGGAGAUGCCGAUGUGCCCAUGCCCACAGAAAAAGUUGUGAGUUCGCAAAUGAGCUUUUUGUGAAUGUGAAUCCUAACUGAGUUAACAAAAACGCUAAGAGAAAACAGUUCCAGUCAACCGCCUAGCUCAGGAAUAAUUGUACUCCGUGUGUCACAAAUCAACC